AUGAGAUAUGCUGAGUUGUCAGUUUUUGAGAGCGAACUAGAAAUGCUGUUAACUAUUGUGCUUGAUGGAAGUUAAAUAGAAGGAAUACAAAUUAAGAAAUUGAAUGUGUUAUUAAAUGUUAUUUAGAGAUUACACAAUAUAGUGCUGACUAUCAUUAUUUAAUUAUUGAUUGUCUAAUAUCAUUAAUAUUCCUUUUCAAUAAAGAUGUCUCCUUUUUUAAGGCAUAAUACCUACAUCAAAAUUGAAGAAAUCAAGAAAGAAUAAAUCAAAAGAUAUGACGGAUCAACUUUGAUUGUUGCUGAAGGUUUGGCCGGAGAUGAGACUGGAGUAAUUAGAUUCAGAGUUGUUGGAGAAUACGCCAACUAACUUGAGAAGGGUAAAAGUUAUGCAUGGAGAAACGGAUUGUCUGAAGUCGUUCAAGAAAAGACACAGACUUUCACUUGAUUAAUUUGGACGAAUAAAUCAUGAAAAA